AUGGCUCUACGGGUGAUUGAUACAAACAUCCUGACACAAACAAAUGUGAACCAGGAAACGGAAGACCCCCAGGAGGUUCCCCUCAAUGUCGCCGGCAAUGUCAGAGUCGAGAACAGGACCAAUGGACAGGUUGAGCACAGGAUCAAUAGACAGGCAGGUCCCCCGAUGCUAGGACCGCGGCCCGCGAGGGAGGAGUCGGUAGUUACUUCGCUAGACUUCGAGGGACUCGCGAAUGCGCUCCAGCCUCUGGACAUCAACCGUCAAGAGGUUGAUGUCGAAGCUGUCGCCAACGGCUUUAAUCACGAUGGCGACGACACAGACGAGGACGACGACACCCAUGACAACGACAACGAGACUGAGAACAAUGUCCCCGCCGAGACCGCCGAGACGGCUGAGGACGAAGUAGAAGGUGUACAAGGUAACCUCGCUCCCGAAGCGCUCGACAUGGCCAUCCCAUCUUUGCCAGCAUUGACUGAUACACUCGUCGCAGAUGAGGAUUUGGCUUCGGAGUCCGAACCCGGAACUCCACCACCCUUUGAAUUUCACGCCGUCGUCGAAAUCGAAGACCUUGAGGCAAACAACCAGGUUGUGCGAUGCCCACAUUGUGGAGCCGUUAGACACACGAGAACCAAUCCGGUUCUCGGAAGAUGCGCUCGUCGGCAGAUAGAGAUCCAGAACCUAUCUCACCUCCCGCAAGAGCUCAUAAUGGGCCUCAUCAUCCAAUACUCCGACGUCCACCAUUUCUGCGGAAAUGAGUUCUGUGACCGGUUUCUCAAGGCUUGGGGGAGAUCUUUGCCGCCUCUUUAA